CUGUUUUGCCACAUCGCAGACGAGAAGGACCUCACAAACGGCUACCUGACCACGCCGGUGGCCGGAAUCCCAGCCAUGGAAGGAAUCCAUCUCAAGGACUUCCCCAAUUUCAUCCGAACCACCGACCCGGACGACGGCAUGCUCAACUUCCUCAUCCGCGAAAUCGACCGAACCUCCCGCGCCUCCGCCGUCGUAUUCAACACCUUCCGCCCCUUCGAGUCCACCUUCCUCGACUCCCUCUCCUCCGGCGACGCCGCCUUCCCGCCGAUCUACCCGAUCGGCCCGCUCCACCUCAUGAUCGACCAAAUCGCCCCCAAUUCCCUGCCCUAG